AUGGAGAAGUACGAGAAAGUCCGAGUCGUGGGGAGAGGAGCGUUCGGACACCAUACUGCACUUCUUUGUCCAGAUCCUACUGGCCCUCUACCACGUGCACAACAGACUCAUCCUCCACCGGGACCUCAAGACCCAGAACAUUCUACUGGACAAACAUCAGAUGAUCCUCAAAAUAGGGGACUUUGGAAUCUCCAAGAUUCUCGUCAGCAAAAGCAAGCUUAUACUGUAGUCGGGACGCCGUGCUACAUCUCCCCUGAACUGUGUGAGGGAAAACCGUACAACCAGAAGAGCGAUAUCUGGGCCCUGGGCUGUGUGCUGUACGAACUCGCCAGCCUGAAACGGGCCUUCGAGGCUGCGAACCUGCCAGCUCUGGUCCUGAAGAUCAUGAGUGGCACCUUCGCCCCGAUAUCAGACCGGUACAGCCCAGAGCUCCGCUCCCUCAUUCUCAACAUGCUGAACCUGGAUCCGUCCAGACGGCCACAGCUCAAUGAGAUCAUGGCACUUCCGAUCUGCAUACGACCCCUUCUCAACCUCUAUACAGACAUCGGCCAUGUCAAGAUGCGCAGAAUUGAGAAGCCAUUGUCCACCGUGCAGACAGGUUCGCGAGGCAGAGCAGCAGGACGCGUCCCUGGGGCGAGAAGUGGUUUGUCCAGCUUAAGUUCCAGGAAGAUGAUGGUGUCCCUGCCCUUGUCUUUGGUGUACACCUGGGGCAGUGGAAUCUCCAUGCCACUGACGCUGCCCUCGCUGGGGUCCGAGGUACUACAGGUGUCACUGGGCCGCACCCAGAAGAUGGGUGUCACCAAGUCCGGACGGCUCAUCACCUGGGAGUCUCCCUCUGUGGGUGCAGGCGAGCCGGCGCUGCCUGGCACCGUAGAGCUGGUGCAGGCUCUCUUCAUCCCGCGUUUUCUGGAGGGGCAGUCAGGCGUCACCAUCAAAUCGGUCUCCUGCGGAGAUCUUUUUACAACCUGCCUGACCGACAGGGGGAUCAUUAUGACGUUUGGAAGCGGGAGCAAUGGGUGUCUUGGACAUGGAAAUUUCAACGACGUGGCUCAGCCCAAAAUCGUGGAGGCUCUCCUGGGUUAUGAGCUGGUCCAGGUGUCCUGUGGCGCCUCCCAUGUGCUUGCUGUGACCAAUGAGAGAGAGGUCUUCUCCUGGGGACGAGGGAACAGUGGUCGUUUGGGGCUGGGCACCCAGGACACCCACAAUUCCCCCCAGCAGGUGAGUGUUCCAGCAGACUUCGAGGCCCAGAGGGUGCUGUGUGGGGUCGACUGCUCCGUCAUCAUCAGUACCCAGCUGCAGAUGCUGGCCUGCGGAAGCAACAGGUUUAACAAACUGGGGCUGGAUGAGGUGUGUGGCACGGAGGAGCCGCCCCUCAGCUGUCAGGCGGAGGAGGUCUACACCUUCCAGCCUGUUCAGUCAGCUCCUCUGAACUCAGAGAGGAUAGUGAACAUGGACAUAGGGACAGCCCACUCUGCUGCUGUCACAGAUAAAGGACAGUGUUUCACGUAUGGCAGUGACCAGCACGGGCAGCUCGGCUGCAGUUCCCGGCGCAGCAGCAGAGUGCCCUGGCUGGUGCCCGGGCUGCAGGGUGUUACCAUGGUAGCGUGCGGAGAUGCCUUCACCCUGGCAAUUGGAGCAGAGGGAGAGGUGUAUACCUGGGGGAAAGGAGCCCGCGGACGUCUCGGCAGGAAAGAGGAGGAUUCUGGGAUACCAAAGGCGGUGCAGCUUGAUGAGAGUCACCCUUUCAUAGUUUCAUCGGUGGCUUGUUGCCAUGGCAACACACUCUUGGCUAUAAAACCGUUUUUUGAAGAUCCCAUUGCUAAGUGAUCCUGUCUCGACGCUCCAGCUCCUCGUCCGCAGAAGAUCUGGCACCGCCGGAAGUCCACUUGCUUCCCAAACUUCCAUUGAACAUAUCCCAGGACUUACUGCAGGAAGCGAACUGAACACGUUUCAGAGCAUUAGGACAACGUCCCAGGGCCUGUUUCAUCCUGCGCUUUAUAAAGCCUGCUGGUCUUACACCAGAUUACACCAGAUUACACCAUAAUUACAUACACAUCUGCUUAUUUCUACAGGCAGGUCGUACAGCGCUGCCUCGGUGAAAGAACUUUAUCAGAGUGUUUUCAUGCUUUAGUAAACACUGGGGAAGUAAA